GGAUGGUUAGGUGAAAAGUAAAGAAAAGAGAGUUAGGGUUAAAUAAGAAAAAGAUUGGAAGUAGUGAGGGAAGUGGAAGCAGAUGGAGCCAAAGGAUGAUUUUGUGCCCUCGGCCUUUGAAUUCAUUCCUCAGAACGUCCCAGACACAGAGACUAACCGUAACAUGCUAAAAAAUGUGCUUCGAAUCGCCGGAGUUUCUGACCUUGAUUCCCACCCCAGGAAGACCAUUCUUCUCAAAACUCUUCAAUACCACCUCUCCACUCACUCCAUCACCGAAUCGCUUCUCGAAACCCUCGAGUUCCUUGAGGAACUCUUUCGCUGCGAAGCCUCUCCGGUCACCGCUACCAUGACUGCCGCCUACUGUGCCGUGGCGGUGGAAUGCACGACCAAGUAUCUGAAAUUAAAUCCCCACCACCACAAUCCUCUCUACCGCCGUGCCGUGAACAGUAUAUGGCGAGUUAGGAUUGCGAGUAUGAAUAGUUCCGGUUCCAGCGAAGGGAGCCUUCUGCUUUCAGGGGAGUUGGAGCAGUGGAGAAAGGACAUUGAAGCUUCACUUUUGGAUUCAGAAGUAAUGAAAAGGUUGGCCUCCAUAGAUACUAAAAGGGAUGCCAUGGUGAAGCUCAAAGCAUUUUUAGAUGAAGCCUGUACCGAUUUGGACCCUUCGCAUGCCGGGCAUAUUCGAGAGAUAUGAUAAAGACAGGAGUGGAAAAAUUGAUCCUUAAGAACUAAGAGAUGCUUAGUAUGGUAUUAGUUAUGUUGUGCCUGGUUUAGUUUUGCAACUUUUGCUUUCCAAGUAUGGAGGAGGGAUCUACAUUACAUGGAAUAGUGAGGAAAGAAUUACUUUUUGCUUAUUUCUUCACUGGAAAUGUUGAUUUUUGUUCAUACAUUGUAUUCCUCUAUAAAUGUUAACUCUUGUUGAAUUGGAACAAGACUAAAAAACAGUGAAGAUGCAUAUGGUGUUUUGUUG